UUGACUCCACCCACUCUCCGUAGCGCCUUAGCCCGCUCGAGUUUCAAUACGCGUUGUUGCUGUACGAAGCUGAGUCCCAUACAGCGCCCGCAGCUCUCCCGAUCAUGGCUUCUUCGAGUCCCUUCACCUACUAUUGGCCUCCAUCUUCCUCCCCUGUCUGGUUAGAACCGCUGUAUAGUCUGAGACCUGAGCACGCGCGGGAGCGGUUGCAAGACGACUCAGUGGAAACAGUCACGUCCAUAGAACAGGCCAAAGUAGAGGAGAACAUCCAGGAGGUCUUCAGUUCCUACAAGUUGAACCACGUUAUACCGAGGCUCAUUUUGCAGAGGGAGAAGCACUUCCACUAUCUGAAAAGAGGCCUCCGACAGCUGACAGAUGCCUACGAGUGUCUGGACGCCAGCCGCCCCUGGCUCUGCUACUGGAUCCUGCACAGCUUGGAACUCCUGGAUGAACCCAUCCCCCAAGUAGUGGCUACAGAUGUGUGUCGGUUCCUGGAGCUGUGUCAAAGUCCAGAAGGUGGCUUUGGAGGGGGCCCUGGUCAGUACCCACACCUCGCACCCACGUAUGCAGCUGUCAAUGCGCUGUGCAUCAUUGGCACGGAGGAAGCCUACAGUGUCAUUAACAGAGAGAAGCUCCUUCAGUAUUUGUACUCCCUAAAGCAACCCGAUGGCUCUUUCCUCAUGCACGUCGGAGGUGAAGUGGACGUGAGAAGCGCGUACUGUGCUGCCUCAGUAGCCUCUCUCACCAAUAUCGUCACUCCAGACCUCUUUGAAGGCACUGCCGAAUGGAUAGCAAGGUGCCAGAACUGGGAAGGCGGUAUCGGCGGCGUGCCAGGGAUGGAGGCUCACGGUGGCUACACCUUCUGUGGCUUGGCUGCACUGGUCAUCCUCAAGAAGGAACGCUCUCUGAACCUGAAGAGCUUGCUACAAUGGGUGACCAGCCGGCAGAUGCGAUUUGAAGGAGGAUUUCAGGGGCGCUGCAACAAGCUGGUGGAUGGCUGCUACUCCUUCUGGCAGGCAGGGCUCCUGCCCCUGCUGCACCGAGCACUGCAUGCUCAAGGUGACCCUGCCCUCAGCAUGAGCCACUGGAUGUUCCAUCAGCAGGCCCUGCAGGAGUACAUUUUGAUGUGCUGCCAGUGCCCAGCUGGGGGUCUGCUGGACAAACCUGGCAAGUCACGUGACUUCUACCACACUUGCUACUGCCUGAGCGGCUUAUCCAUCGCCCAGCAUUUCGGAAGCGGAGCCAUGCUGCACGAUGUGGUCAUGGGUGUACCUGAAAAUGCUCUGCAGCCCACUCACCCUGUGUACAACAUUGGGCCAGACAAGGUGAUCCAGGCCACCACGUACUUUUUGCAGAAGCCAGUCCCGGGCUUUGAGGAAUGUGAAGAUGAGGUGACCUCGGAUCCUGCCACCGACUAGAGGACCCCAUGGCUCCCCCCAGCUCCCCUCUCAGACAAGGUUUCUCCGUUUGGGUACACAGCACGCUCUGUACUACGUGAGCCUCGGCCACUGUGGAGUUGUGGUUUUUUUGUCCUUUCCUGUCAAACAAAACAAAGCCAUCAGGUCUGGGUUUGGAAUACACAGUGGUGUGAUUUUUAAAAUUAUUUUCAUACCUGUCAAACCAAACUCUGGGAGCCCGUGCAGUGGGGUUGAAGAGCAGUGCAUGCUGGGAAGAAGGAGCCUCUCUUGGCAGCCAAGCAGCCUGAGCUGCCAGGUUGCAAUGGAGGCUGAUCUGUGAUAAUCUCAGCAUCCCAGCCACUGCUGUGACACCCAUCUGUACACCGCCAUUUAGUCACCAGAUGGGUACCCCCUCGGGUAUAAAUGCCAGCUCCAUGCCAGGGUGGGGCUGUGGGUCCCUGGAAGAGCAUUGGACUACAGCAGGGUGUACUUCCAUUUUCUUCCCUAUCCCAGCCACCUGCAAAGGAGAGGGCCUGGGGAUGCAGAAGGGUCUCAGGUUGAGCCCUCCCCCAGCACGGGAGACCUGAGCCACACAUCUCUCCAAGGCCACGCUUGGUGCGAGCAAGACUUGUUUUGCCCUAGGUAUGAUGACUAGACCCAGGUAACCAAUUAUGAGUGGAAAACCAACCUCUAGGUCAAUCUGGGCCAGAGGAAGCAGCUUCCCCCAGCGCCCAAUCCCUGCCUCUCCCAUCAUGUACCAGGAGAGGCCGUCCUCUAGCGAUGUGCAGGCCAGGCUCUUUCUGGUCCUUCUUUCUCCCUGUCCACCCACCCUAAGCCAGGGUGGUCUUUUCUCGUCUACAGUAUUAACACUACUAAGGCUUCCACCUUAAUUGGUGACUCAGGAUUCAUUCCUGCCCUGUCCACUCCAGGCUCACUGAGACAGAAUCAAGUGCUAGGCCAGCUGGCUGCUGUGGGGACAGUACUCUCAGGUGGUAGGCCAAGCACUGCCAGUGUGCCAGAUCCUGGAGCUGCCUCUGCACUGGCCCUUUCCGUCGGUACGGUGCUGAGUUUGGUCAUCUGUCCACUGCUACAGUCACAGCAAGCUUAUGUCACUGUCCCGUCUUUCCUGUGAGCAGGCAGACAGGAGCUUGAGCUUGCAGCAUGAGGCUCUUCCCCAAACCACCAGCCAUGUGCUGCCUCUGAUUUCCCUAUUGCUUUGGUCUACUGGGCUAUGUAUUACCUCCUUGAAAUAAUAAAAGAGUAACAUUUUCU